UUCCACUCGGCGCCGCGUCGUCGCUCCCGGCGCCGCGGCCGAGCUCGGUGUCCCAGGGCGGGCGGCGGCUCCGCGCGCCGGGUCCCGGCAUGGCGCCGCAGAGCGCUCCGCCGGGGGGACGAGGGCCGUAGCUGAGCGCCGGCCGAGGAGCGCCGCCCGCGCGGCCCCGAGGAUCGCGCAGGCAUGGCUCACCUGAGGGACUUCGCCAGCCAGCACUCCAGGGUGGAUCCUGAGGAACUGUUCACCAAGCUGGAGCGGAUUGGCAAAGGAUCGUUUGGUGAAGUGUAUAAAGGGAUCGACAACCGCACCAAGGAAGUGGUUGCUAUCAAGAUUAUUGAUCUGGAGGAGGCUGAGGAUGAAAUUGAGGACAUUCAGCAAGAGAUUACAGUGCUCAGCCAGUGUGACAGUCCCUACAUCACCCGCUAUUAUGGCUCCUACUUGAAGGGCACCAAGCUGUGGAUAAUCAUGGAGUACCUGGGAGGAGGUUCAGCCUUGGAUUUGCUAAAGCCAGGGCCCUUGGAAGAGACUUAUAUAGCUACUAUCCUGAGGGAAAUCCUAAAGGGCUUGGAUUACCUGCACUCUGAGAGGAAGAUCCACAGGGACAUCAAAGCUGCCAAUGUGCUGCUUUCGGAACAAGGAGACGUGAAACUGGCUGACUUUGGAGUGGCUGGACAACUGACAGACACACAAAUCAAGAGGAACACCUUUGUGGGGACUCCAUUCUGGAUGGCACCAGAGGUCAUCAAACAGUCUGCUUAUGACUUCAAGGCAGACAUAUGGUCCCUUGGAAUUACAGCCAUUGAAUUAGCAAAGGGAGAGCCUCCAAAUUCUGACCUCCAUCCUAUGAGGGUUCUCUUCCUGAUCCCCAAAAAUAACCCUCCAACACUUGAAGGUCACCACAGCAAGCCCUUCAAGGAGUUUGUGGAAGCCUGCCUCAAUAAGGAUCCUAGAUUUAGGCCAACAGCUAAAGAGUUGCUAAAGCACAAAUUCAUCACACGCUACACCAAGAAAACCUCAUUCCUAAUGGAGCUGAUUGACAGAUUCAAGCGCUGGAAGUCAGAGGGCCAUGGAGAAGAUUCAAGUUCUGGUGAUUCUGACAUUGAUGGAGACACAGAGGACGGAGACCAGGGCCCAAUCUGGACAUUCCCACCAACUAUUCGUCCCAACUCCUUGAGCAAGCUGCACAAAGGAAUGGCACUUCAUGGUUCCCAGAAGCCUUCUGAGCCCAUCAAGAGACAACCACGGUCACAGUGUCUCUCCACACUUGUCCACCCAGUCUUUGGGGAGCUUAAAGAUAAGCACAAGCAGACCGGAGGCAACGUGGGAGCUAUGGAGGAGCUGGAGAAUGCCUUCAGCUUGGCGGAGGAGUCCUGCCCUGGCAUCUCUGACAAACUGAUAGCACACAUGGUGGAGCGGGUACAGAGGUUUUCACACAGUCGGAACCACCUGACCUCUGCCCGCUGAUGCAAACAUUCCCUGCUGCUGUUCUGAGAGGAGGAAGGAUUUUUUCCAGCUUCAUAAGAACUACAUCUCUAAUCCAGACCACUGUCUGCUGUUGGAUAUAACAUUGUGUUACGGACUCCAGGACAUUUCAGAGCCUCCAUAUUACACGUGUUUCCAUGAUGACCCAGGGUGAGGUUUGCAAUGCAAGUACAAUUUAGACCUUUUACAGAACCCAAGAUGGGUGGUCUAAUUGUUUUUACAAUGUAAUCAACGCGGUUUUUAAUUGUUUCCCUAUGGAUGUAUCCAUUUUGGCUUGGUUUGAAUCCCACUGGUAAAUGGCUGCCUGCUGGAGAAGGGGAAGGCUCCCCUCUAUUCAGCUGUGUGUGUUUCAAAGGCCAGCCUGAUGGGUUCAGCCUCCCACCCUUCCUACAGAAGUGUUUGUGAGCUGUAAUGUGUGAGUGCAGGUAUGUUUGCAAGCUCUACGUGCACUACAGCCUCUGGGAAAGUUAGAACAGCUCCUUGGAUAUUCUGAAGGGUUCUUUCAGCUCCUUCACACGCUAGUAAAGAAAGCUUUUGACUCUAGCAGCAGGCAAAGUAAAGUAAGUAGGCUGCUGCUGCUCUUCCCUAGCUUGUUCCAUGGGAGGAUGGGUUUGCUGACUGCUUCUUUUUUGGCUCUGGGACAUCAUUUUGCAUUAGGCGUUGGUUCAUGUGAUGCAGGCAACAGCAGAACUUGCCUUGGGUCUCCAGAGGCUGGGAGGGGCCAGUGGUUACGUUUGGCAUGGGAGCUGCUGGGGUUUCCUUCCCUGGUGCUUUCUGCAGCUGAAGGUUUGGUACUCAGCUUUGGGCAGGCCUCACCUCUGAGCUCCGUGGACAGCUGCAUGUGCCCAAACCUUGCAGAAGGAUUAAAAAGAAGGGAGAGGAGAGGGAACACAGCAGCCCAUGGCCAACACUGAGGGCUUCAGUUCUUCCGAGGGCAGGUCGGCACUGCGCAGCAGCUCCUGGGACAGGAUGCCUGUCCUCUGCAGAAAGAUGAAGGUGGGAUGGCUGGCAGCAGAGGCAUCCGUGUGCUGUGGGUGGGAGUUUCCAAAACCACUCUCAGCCUCUUUCUCCAUCUUCUUAAAUGAACCUUUUGACUCUUCUUUCUGCCUGGGCUGGAAACUGGCUGGAGCCAGGGCUCUGCUCUAUCUGUCAGGCUGGGGUGGUGGUUGCUGGCAGAGACUGAAACGUCCACGGCUGCGGUGCCUGCUUAAAGGUGUGCUGGCAGGGCCAUCCCAAUGAGCUUUGCUUCCUGUAUAGUACUAGUUUAUAAAGCUACUUUUUAAUUGAGGUUGAUAUAAUCUAUACUGUCAAGGUCUAGAAAAAUAGACUUAGGAUAAUAACUUCUGAUAGCCGGUUGCUUAGCAAUCUGCUCACUAAUUGUAAAGAUAUUCCCAUUAAGUCAGCAAGACCUUAGAUACCCAGAUCUUUCUGAGUGUUUGUGUGAAUGAUGUGGCUCACCCCAAAGCCACUGAGAACAAAAGCUGCGGCUGUUCAGCGUUUUUUAAAGGAGAGAUAGAUAGGCAGAGUGUUAGUGGUAAGGCUUGAUUUUUGGUACUUUGAUUCAGAGCUGCAGAUGGUAAGUGCUGGGCUAAAAGGAGCUCCAGAGGAGCAUACGUUUCCCCAUCCCCACGUGCGGUGUUCACUUUAGCUUGUGUCAGUCCUUUCCUGUUCCUCUCUGGUGGAUAAAUACGGGCUCAGCACACACUGUGAUCUCAUCUGCUAGAGAAAAGGUGCUGCUGCUUCAUUGCGUUGGAGCUGCUGCAGGGCUGUGUUUCUCCAGGUGAGCAGCCUUGGAGCCUGGCCUUACGAGGAACACAACAAACCCAUCUUUCCCUCAGGAGGAGGAGGAGGAGCUGUUAAUGUAUAGACACAAAAGUUACUGAGUUGAAGGCAGAGGCUGCAGUCUAGCAGAAAGGGCUCCUGCUGCUUUAAAAUUGCUGUUCAUGACAGUAGCAAGUUGUGUCAGUAAGGUACCUUGUGUUAUUACUCACAUGCACUGCAGUGUAAUGAGUAAAAUUUUUAAAGGAAACAAUCCCCACAGACUUUGUCCAGUAUUCGAAACAACAAUGGUUUUAGUUUUUAAAAGCAUUGAAAGGGAUCUGCCACUUUCAAUAAAGUAACAAAAUGAA